AUGAGUUCUCGCAAGAGGAAAAACCGCGGACAAGAAAGUGAUCAAGAUGAGGAAACAAUGCGAAGCCAAUUCAAGAGUUUUUCCCAUUUCCGAAAAGAUGGGAUUUUGACGGACGUGGUGAUUGCUGUUCCUGGACAUCCAGAGAUAAAGGCUCACAAGAUGGUUCUUGCCGCUGCGAGUCCAUUUUUCGAAGCAAUGUUCAAGUCUGGCUUGCGCGAAUCUUCCUCUGAUCGAGUUGAAAUGCCGGAAAUCGACUACGAAGCAGCACAAAUCCUCGUCGACUAUGCCUACUGCGGAAAUUAUAAAAUCACCAAGGAGAACGUCAAAAACCUGCUGGCUGCUGCCAAUUGCUAUCAAUUCGAAGAGAUUAAAGAAAAGUGUGCAAGAUUUCUCGUCGAUACGAUUGAUGAGAAUAACUGCUUCGAACUCGAGAAAAUUGGAAGAGCAAUGGGCCUAUUCUCUUUAUCUAAUCCGGCUGGAUGUUUUGCUCUGCAAAACAUUGAAAAAAUCAUCAAGAGCGAGUCUUUCACUGCGCUCUCAUUCGAAGAGGUGGAUAAAUAUUUCUCAGCACACUAUCUUUUUGCUUACAGCGAAGAAAUAGUGUACGAAGGGGUUCUCACGUGGAUAAAAUUCGACCUAAAGGAACGCUCAAAAUACGCAUCAAAACUGUUUGUUGACCAUGUUCGAGUCGGUCAAAUCGACAAAAACUUCAUCUGCGACGUCAUCGAAAAAGAACCGCUUUUCUCCGACGCCGAUUGUUCGAAACACAUACUUCUUGCUUGGAAGUUCAAGGCCUUCUGGCGGAGUGACUCAUGCAUCCCUUCUGAUCUCAGAGAUGAAUUUGAAAGAAUGGGAAAGAGUCGAUUUCCCAAUGACGUUUAUUAG